GUUUUCCGUAUCCUUUUUAACUUAGUUUCCCAAUCUUUUAAUUUACGUUAUUGGCAAAAAGUAAACGCUAUUGCCAAAAAAAGAAAAAAAAAAAUCUAUGUAAGACGUAAUCUUUAUAUUUUACAAAGUACAUACAAACACGGUCACAAAAUAGAUAAUAAUACGCCACGUAUAUGUUGAUAAUACCAUAUAUUUCAACACAAUACUAAAGCUACUAUAGUUUGUUGUUAGACUACUAUACUACUAUUGUUCAUUCCAUAAAUCUAGUGGAAAAUGUGUGGAUCUGAUAAGAAGUUGGGUGAAAUUCGUGCCCUGAUACUGGUCGGCGGUUAUGGAACCCGACUGAGACCGCUCACACUAAGUAGACCAAAACCCUUAGUGGAAUUUGCUAAUAAACCUAUUCUUAUGCAUCAAAUAGAGGCCCUUGUAGAAGCAGGGGUCACUCAAGUUAUUUUAGCAGUAUCAUACAGGGCUGUUGAAAUGGAGAAAGAAUUAACUGAGCAAGUAUCAAAACUUGGAGUUUCAUUGACUUUCUCCCAUGAGAUGGAACCACUUGGAACUGCAGGUCCGUUAGCUUUGGCUAGAGAACUCUUAAGCUCCAGUGAAGAACCAUUCUUUGUACUUAAUUCUGAUGUAAUUUGUGAUUUUCCAUUUAAAGAACUUGCCAAGUUUCACAGAAGUCAUGGAAAGGAAGGUACAAUAGUAGUGACUAAAGUUGAAGAACCAUCCAAAUAUGGUGUUGUUUUAUACAAGGAUGAUGGACAAAUAGAGAGCUUUAUAGAAAAACCACAAGAAUUCAUUUCAAAUAAAAUUAAUGCAGGUAUGUACAUACUUAACCCGUCAGUGCUUAACAGAAUUGAAUUACGUCCCACAUCUAUUGAGAAGGAGGUAUUUCCUUUCAUGGCAAAAGAUGGUCAGUUGUAUGCGAUGGAAUUACAAGGUUUCUGGAUGGAUGUAGGUCAACCAAAGGACUUUUUGACAGGCAUGUGUCUUUACUUGAACAGUUUGAGACAGAAGAAUUCAACGAAACUACACGAAGGAGUUGGUAUUGUAGGCAAUGUCUUGAUUGACCCGACAGCAACUAUUGGCAACGGCUGCAGGAUAGGACCAAAUGUAACAAUAGGACCCGAUGUCAUCAUUGAAGAUGGAGCGUGUAUAAAACGAAGCACGAUUUUACGCGGCGCGACUGUAAGACAGCACGCUUGGCUUGAUGGCUGUAUCGUCGGCUGGCGAUCAAUCGUGGGACGAUGGGUUCGAAUGGAGAACUGCACAGUACUCGGGGAAGACGUCAUUGUCAAAGAUGAACUCUAUGUCAACGGUGGCCAAGUACUUCCGCAUAAGUCUAUAGCUCUGUCAGUACCGGAGCCACAGAUUAUAAUGUAAAGACUGAAUUCGUAAUGACUGUUAGUCAUAUGACCAUAGAUAGAAGAUGAACACUACAUUCGCUGUGUAUGUAAAUGAGAUAUCAAUUGUCUGUGACGUGUUAUGUUUUCGUGUUUUCGUUCUGGACGAUUUGUACAACGUAAAAGAGAACAUCCCAUAUUUUAAUAUUAACUGAAUUCACACCAAAUCAUUCAAUUACAUAUUAUAAAUUUGAAUUUAAAUUAAAUAGAAUUGCACCACAGCAGCCAUGGGAGCUGAUGAACUGGGCCCAACCAAGAAAAUCGCAUUCGCGAAAGGGAUAGCAGAUAUUGUUUGUGUAUCUCACUUACUCUCGAAACCAAUCUAAUUUAUGUGUCUGUCACGUUAUUAUUGCCAUUUCAGUGACGCAUUUAUUGUUCAUCUUCUAUCUGCGGACGUGAUACAUUUUUGACACUGACAUUUUUGACAGUACUUACCUACGCAAUGACACUUCUGUCAUUCAUGAUUGCAGUCUGUCAAAUACACUGUGAAUAGCGCCGCAUUUUGUAGGUUAGUAUAUUUGUGUAUUAUUGUACGAAUUUUAUUAAUGUGUUAUAUUUUUUAAAGCUUAUUUUCUUUAGAUUAAUGUUUUUGCAAUAUUUGUUCGAAUGAUACUUAAAGAGUUGUCAUAAUAAUUGUCUAAUCGUUAAUUUAUAAAGUUAAUAAUUAACACUAUUAUAAGGUAUAUAUACUAUUAAAGAAUAUUUUUAAUUCGGCAAAUAAUUAAGUCCGAAGAGGGUUUGGUGGUGCAUGUUCGACAUAUUGUCAUUUGUUAGUUCGAUCGUAACAGACAGCAGUAGGUAUAUUAUAUUAGAUUAAGGAUUGGUCUCCGCUGCGCUCCAACUAGAUUCCGCAGGCGUAGUUACAAAGUGCGGAACUAAUACUACGACCAAAUAAGCGUAUUCGAGCCAGUCUCGAACUAUGUGUGAUGUUGACGUGCCACAUGUUCUGUUAAACUUUGCUAAUAUUUGAAACUAAAAUGCCGGGUCGCGUAGUUAAAUUUUGUAAAACGAAUAUAACAUUAAAUAAGAAAGACACUUAGAUCACAUAUCAUCACAAAGCAUUUUAAUUUUAUUAAUUUCAAUGUUAAGAAGCGAAUGUUACAAAAUUUGAAAGAUGCCAUUGAGUGUCAAGGUGCCACGCACACAAGCAUCUAAUAGUUGCCGUGUUAAAAAAGCUAUUGUUCUUAGGUAGUGCGGUAUCUAGUUGGACACCAAUUCUUAUUCUAAGUAUAUUAUCUUAUAUUGUGCGCGUAUCAGCAUAUCUCGUCAGACACUACGAUUAAAAAAUUAACUCUAUAAUUCAAAUUCUAACAGUGACAUGUCACUUUAAAACUGAUUUAGUGUACUUCUUAGUAUAUUGAUGCAGCUACUUUACAAUUUAUGUGUUCCCUUUGAAAACAACAACGAGAUCAGUCUUCAAUUUUCUUAACAAAUUUAAUAAAAUCAACAGUACAAACAGUAAACUGGGGUUAAAUCCUUUAUACAAACACGAAAACACGGCGCAGCGGGCGUGUACUGUGCAAGAAGUGACCCCAUUUAGGUGGUAACUUACAAAUGCCGUGGUAAAGUGUCUCUGGACUCUUUGAUUUCUAUUAGUUAUUUAUGGAACUGUUGUGUGUAAUAAGAUGUAUUAAAACACGAAUGUGGGUUAAUAUUAUUACAUGUGUAUUUUAAUAUCUAAUUAUCAGCAGUUGCAUAGAAGACUUUAUGAAUAUAAUAUGAAUCCUCUUUAAAAGAUUCUGAAACAGUUAGCUUACUGCUCACAUUGAAAUAACCAAUACAUCAUCCAAACAAGUGUUGUAAUGUUGUACUGUAUUUCAUUACAACACUCGUAUGGAUGAUGUAAUGGUUAUUAGGACAUUGGAUGUUUUAAUGUUGGAAAUAAGCUAACUGUUCUAGAAUCUUUAAUAGAGGAUUUAAAGCAUGGGUGCAGAUAAAAAAGCUAUGAGUUGUCAAAUAGUCCUGUGUGACGUUAUGUCAUUUAGUGAACGCGGCCCAACGUCAAGUUUUUUUUUCAUUUUCUCACAAACCCUUAGCUUUUUGGUAUUUUAUUUUGUAUUCUUUGGUUUCCGACAUAACCAAACUUAAUAAUUUUAGUAAAUAAUAAAAUACUUAUUCGAAAGUUUAUAAUAUAUGUUUAGAUAUAUUUAUCUGGUAUUUUGAUGAUUGUAAUAUUUGCUAAAUUUAUAUUUAGAAAUAGUAGAUAUUUGGAUUGUCGUUUUUUGAAGUUUGUUAAGAUUUUCACUUUUUUGGAUUUUAAAAUUCAUUGAAUUGAAAUUUUACUAUCAUUCGUAUGCGAGUCAGAUUUUAAAUAAUUCCAAGAUUAUACUAAUUAUUACAUUUUAAUUAAUUUUUGUACGCACAAUUAUUACAGUGUACAUUUAGAUUUUAUUCUAAUAUAAACUUAAAUUUGUACCUAUUUGUAAGUUUUUUGUAAUCGCGUCAUAUAUAUUUGCAUAUAUAUUAUAAAACAAAGUCCUCCGCCGCAACUGUCUGUCUGUUUGGUCGCGAUAAACUCAAAAACUAUUGCACCGAUUUUCAUGGUGUUUCCACCAAUGGAUUCUCGAGAAACAUAAGUAUAUAAUUUGUUAAGUUUUUGUUCAUCUUUUGUGUACACUAAUGAUAUUUGUUGUAAUAAAAAUACAGUUACAAUUUCACUAAAUUACUGGGCAAAUUACACUUAACAUCUUUUGUCUCAAGGAAGACAACCACAAUUGUAGUAUGAAUUUUUGGUGAUUUUUCAAGAAUCCUGAGUGCCACCACAUUCUAAUGGGCUGGGCGUAUGAAUUACCAUCGGCUGAACGUCCUGCUCGUCGCGUCCCUUACUUUCAUAAAAAAAAACUUCCUUCAAUUCUCAUUCAACAAUCAGUCACUACUAUCGGGAGGACCCAGUCAGAUGUAUAUAAUAUGUAAUACAAAAAAAACUGUGUGUGCUUUUGUACGCACGCAAGAAGUUAUAGUGUAUAUUGAAAACAUGAAAGUAUACAUUCCACUUAUAAGCAAAUGAUUCCAGCCUGAAUAUAAAAAUAUGCCGUUUUUUUUAGAUUAUUUUUAAGUAUUUUCUUGUGCAAUGUUUGGAGGACAUUAACAUUAAGUAAAUUUUAUUUAUUCCAAAUAAUAAAUUAUAAAGUAUAUAAGUACAUACCAAUUUGUAUAGCUUAUUAAAGAUUAUACCUACAA